AUGAAACGCCAACCCAGAAAACUGAAGUGGACAAAGACUCACCGCGCCCUCCGCGGCAAAGAAAUGAUCGUCGACUCAUCACUCCUACUCUCACAGUUCGCAAAGAAGAGGAACAUCCCGGUCAAAUACGACCGCAACCUGGUUGCAACGACGCUCAAGGCGAUGGAAAGAGUGGAGGAGAUUCGGCAACGACGAGAGCGCGUGUUCACCAAGAGACGACUGGCAGGCAAAGCUGCGCGCGACCGUCAACGCGAGGCAGAUCGCAGAGUGGUUGCGGAGGGCGAGCAUCUUAUUCGCAAGGAGCUGCGCGAAAUGGAGGAGCAAAAUGUGCCUCUUACAGCGGAGAAGGAGAAGAUUGCUGGAAAGGUGUUUGGCGAAGAGAGACAGCGGCAGAAGAAGAAGGCCAAGGUGUUGGUGGAUGGAGGCGUGGAGGAAGAGAUGGAUGUGGACUGA